AUGAGUAGAAGGGUGCUCAAAAUGGACUUUUCCAAAGACGAAAGACUCAAAGAUGUUUUGGGAUGGCUAAGGAAAGAGAACUCCAAUGAUUGGGAGCGACAGCGAGGUUACUACGCUGAGAAUCUACACAAGGAAGGCGCUACCACCCUCUGCUUUGGCGGCUCCCGGCCGAACACUAUGCAAGCCAUGGCCAGUUAUCGUGCAGGUCCGUAUCUAGGUGUCUAUCUUUGGUACGCAUAUCGCAUGGAUGUCAUCGUCUUCGGUGCGGGGAACACCAUAAUCGCACGAGACUGCAGAGGGAGCUCUGUGGAUGGAAGUUGCCUCUUUGAUGAAUUCAUCAACAAAAUCCGAGCGAUACCCCCAGGGGGAAGCCCCAGGUUCAGAACCAACAUAGGGGCUAAUCUUCUGCCCGAUCCUAAAGAUGCCGCUGCACAGCUGAGUGCAGCCGGGUAUGCCGGUAACACAGACGUACGGCGUCUUCUACCAGAUGACUACGAAAACAUGGAUGGACAUACUACACCUCCCUUCAGUGAAGUCUUUGAUAAGAUCCUCGGGGUCAUUCAAGCUUGCCGUGAUGAGGUCGGGGACGAACCACUUGCGGCUCAGCUUUUGGGUGCCCGGGACUCUAUGGCAUACAAUCAUGAGGCCCGUGUGGCUGACCAAAGUGAGAAAGCUAUAGAAAAUGUGAACAUAUGGCUACAUAAGAGAGGAUAUACGUGGGAUGUUGAAACAUCCACCGAGACUCUCAGUGAUGGCAGCACAUAUGAGAAAUUUGAUUCUCAAGCAACUCUUGACGCCCAUCCUGAAGUCAAUGCAGUUGAUCUUACUCAAACGAUUAGCGACUUUGUCGCGGAAUAUAGUGCAUCGAAAAAGUACCAGAAUCAUUUUCUUGCCGCUCAAGCGAGUCAAGGAUAUCAGAGUGUUCUUAAUAGCGAGUUUUGUGAUUAA